GUCAGUUUCAAUUUGCCAGCAAGCUCAAAUCCUUCUGGCUACCAAGAAGCAAUGUUUGCACUUCGGUCGCGCUGCGCGUCUCGUGUAGCGAAUUCGCGGCUUUUUUCGACUUCGACGCGCCUUCGCGCUCCUGAAGAUGCACCAAAGCCACCACGAUCCAUCGAUGACUCGACCUCUGCGCUGGACUACAAAAGAGCACAACGGACACGUCCACCACCUCUUCCCCCUACGGACCUUCCAAGAUCUCAAAGCGCGGAAGAAGCUGUGACGAACAUCCUCUAUAACACCCCUCCUCCGAGUCUGCAGCCCUUCAAAAAACAUAUCUUUAACUGCCUGGUACAAAAUGAACCUGGUGUGUUAUCCCGCGUGUCUGGUAUCCUCGCUGGACGUGGGUUUAACAUCGACUCUCUGGUGGUGUGCCGGACUGAAAUUCGGGACUUGAGUCGGAUGUCCAUCGUCCUUAGCGGACAGGAUGGAGUCGUGGAGCAGGCAAGGAGACAGCUAGAAGACCUCGUGCCUGUAUGGGCUGUUCUCGACUAUACAGAUACCCGUGUCAUCACACGUGAAUUGCUCCUCGUAAAAGUGUCCAUCCUUGGUCCCGAGUACUUGGAGGAUCAACUCGUGGGCGGACCCUCUCAUGAACCAAGGCGUGGUCCCCACCCACCUCAUCAGGAGACCAAACUUGAAAAAGAAACCACGCUCGCUCACAAUUUCGAGCGUGGUGCGCACCCUAACUCUCACACAGAGCCACAUCAUCCACCCCCAUUGACGGCCUCCGAGGCCCUGCGCCACAAACAUCAGCACCUCCAUUCCAUCUCCGUCUUAUCCGACCAAUUCGGAGCAAAGAUCGUCGAUGUGAGCGAGAACAGCGUCAUCGUCGAGCUCACUGCAAAAACGAACCGCGUCAUCGCGUUUUUGAGUUUGCUCAAACCAUUUGGAAUUUUGGAAUCGGCUCGGACUGGUCUUAUGGCAAUGCCGCGGACACCCAUCACGCAUUCCUCGAAUGAUUCUGAUGAUGCAGCGGAUGAGAUUGGUGUUGUAGAUGCUAGUUUGCUUCCCCCUGGUUAGGUGGGCAGUUGAAGCGGAUGUCGUGUGAUAUGUAUUGAUUAAGAUAUAUCAUGCUAACAAUUCUAUAUAGCGAGAAAUCUAGAGGAUUCAUAUCAGCUGUGAUCUUGUAAUUCCCCGACGAGCAUGGUGGAAUGAUAUCAUCGAUUAGCAACUGAUGUCCAAGAUCAAUCCUAGAAGAUAUGUAUAUGCCGAUACGCGUACAUUUCAAGUUGGGGUAUACGAGAGUUUCCAUCAAUAACGUUGAUCUAGGGUCUUGUAAGCCGGACCGUGCUGGGUUUACAUAUCUCACAAUUGCAUAGAUCUUCGCGUGUUCUUUGCAUCGUUUCCCUAUCACCUUGCGUC